ACAGUAAAGAUUCCUGAUUAUAUUUAUCACUUUAUCAUAAGCAUUUGUAAGAUUCUUAAGCACUUAAAGUAAAAUUAUCAGAUAAGUGUUACUCAGAUAAGUUUAACCAGAGAGAUAAUUUUAUUUAGACUUCGAAAUUGAAAUAAGACAUAGUAUUUCUUAUUAAAUGAAGUAGACAUCUUGUUGCUCCAUAAAUUUCAACAAAAACGAAGUAUUGUAUAUAUAUAGUAAUAAAAUAAAAUAUAUAAUAUCUAAAUUGUUCGUUUAUAUAAUGGUUUCUAUUAUAACAUGAAAUGUUUGCACAGUGCAAAUGGGUUUUAAUAUAUAAUAUGGUUAUUAUAUCGUUUUUAUGUUUUGAUACAAUAUGUACAACAAAUGCAAUGAGAUUUACUGGCAUUGUGGAAAAUAUUACAGUGUAUGCUAUAAAAGAUGAAAAUAAUCUUCAAAGUGACAAUAUGCUCAAGUCAUUAAAAUUGAAUAUAUCCUGGAUGCCACCAAAUAAGGGAAAACAACCUUCUUCAUACAGCAUUAUAAUUACAUGUAUUCCAAAAGUAACCGAUAUAAAUAAGAAAGAAUGUAUAGAAAGUUCUGCAUUCUAUAAUGUACAAAAUAAAAGUCCAUUUAGCUUAUUAGUGCCGCAGAAUAAAUUAUUGAAUGAUAUGCCGGAAAUACAAAUACGUCCGAAUUGUACGUAUAAGAUACAAGUAUAUGCCAAUCCAAGAGCUAAACCUGUAGGAAAGUUGCCCGAAGUCAUUUAUACAGUUCCAAAAUGUAUAAAUCGUAAAUGCAGUUGCAUGGAUGCAAAAAUGACCUUGCCUAUUCCAAAAGUAAAAGUAAUUCAAACGAAAAAAAAUGUUGUUAUAAAUUGGAAUAUUACGUCAAAUAGUUCUUACGUUCAUUCCUACAUUAUAAGUAUUGGCAUACCACUAUCGACGUCAAAAGCAGGGUAUUUUAUAUACAAUAUUACAAAGAUAGGUAAUGUGACCUCUACAAAAAAUACUUUUAAUUGGGAUUUGAAGAUUAAUAAUCAGUAUGUAAAAAUCGAAAAUGGAUACAAAAUAUUAGUGGAAGCACUAGAUUACCGAGGUUGUUCAGGAACUCAAGGCAGUUUUACUGUUAUUAAUAUAGACAAAAUUAAAACAUUAAAUGGCAAUAUCGUUUGGCUAUUGCUUGCUGGUGUUACUAUGUGUGUUAUAUUAGGAUUUAUCAGCAUUGUGUCGAUACGUAAUAAAACUGAAUAUCAAUUGGAAUGGCCAUUUAGACAGAAACAAACUAUUCCUGGAUUUUCUGCUUAUAAGUUGACUCAAUGGCCAAAUUUAGUUUCCCAGAAUAAUAUUGGUACAUAUGUCGAACAAAAUUUAGAGGAAAAUUGUUGCAAAACACAAAAUGAUAAAUUUGAAGUGCCAUACAAAUAUAUAAAUCUUAUAUAUGAAUUAGGAAAAGGACAGUUUGGCAGAGUAUAUUUAGGCAGCUUGAAUAAUGAUGAAGAUACAUUAGUAGCUGUUAAAAUGUUGCAAUGUUCUGACACAUCCAAUGAACCUGAAGCUAGACAUCAACUAUUGGAAGAAAUCAAAAUAAUGAAAGCAGCUGGUUCUCACCCGCAUUUGGUGAGCCUUAUAGGUUGCUGCACUUUACCAGAUAAUCCUAUAUGUAUACUUUUAGAGUACAUGGAAGGUGGAAAUUUGCUCGCAUAUCUGCAUUCUAGAAGAAGAGUUGAAUUGGAUGAUUUAUCUUGGUACUGUUUUGAAAAGACUAGAUAUGUAAAUGUUAUUGAAAAAAACAAAAAAAAGGAUGAAGAUUUAUGUGGUGAAAUUAAGAGGCAACAAUUUAUAAAAUUUGCACUUGAUAUUGCAAGAGGAAUGGAGCAUUUAGAAGGUAAAGGAAUCACACAUAGGGAUUUAGCAGCAAGAAAUAUCCUCCUCGCUUCAGAUCUAACGCUUAAGGUUUCUGAUUUUGGCUUGUCUCGAAAUGGAAUAUAUGUGAUAAACCAUAUGGUGGGAAAAGUUUGCCAACUCCCAAUACGUUGGAUGUCACCGGAAGCUAUACGCGAUCAUGCUUUUUCUUCCAAAAGUGAUGUCUGGUCAUUCGGUGUUAUUCUUUGGGAGAUUGGAACUCUAGGUUCUUUUCCAUAUGCUAAUAUACAAAAUGAUGAUUUGAUGCGUUAUUUAAUUCAAGAUAAAUGUCGUCUAGCCUGUCCUAAUAUUGUUUCUCAUGAUAUAUAUAACAUUAUGUGUUCUUGUUGGAAUACAGUGCCACAUAAUAGGCCCAGUUUUGCGCAACUUGUUUUAGAUUUACAGACACUAAAAGAGCCUCUAUAUUUUAUGCAUGAAACAAGUAAUCCUUGUUACACAUUAUUAUCACUUUAAUAGACCUUCAAAACAUUUGAUAAAUAGGUAUUCAUGUAUGUAUGUAUAUAUACAUAAAUAUAUAAAUAAAAAAUGU